GCUCAUUCCUUCUCGGUCAUUUUAGCUAGAAAGUUCCUGCUUCAGAGCUGAAGGUGAUUGGAAGAUUUUAACUUAGAUCUCCAGCAAGUGCUACAAGAAAGAAAAGAUCCUGAACAAUCACCAAAUUUUCUGUGAGGUCAAGUCCAAGUAACAACCCUGCCUAACCACAAGCAGGAGAAAUGAAGCACAUUUUCAACCCAUAUGAAAAUGUCAACAACACAGCAAGAAAUGAUUCUGACUGUCCUCGUGUGGUUUUGCCAGAAGAAAUAUUUUUCACAAUUUCCAUUGUUGGAGUUUUAGAGAAUCUGAUUGUCCUGCUGGCUGUGUUCAAGAAUAAGAAUCUCCAGGCACCCAUGUACUUUUUCAUCUGUAGCUUGGCCAUUUCUGAUAUGCUGGGCAGCCUAUAUAAGAUCUUGGAAAAUAUCCUUAUCAUAUUGAGAAACGUGGGCUAUCUCAAGCUGCAUGGCAGUCUCGAAACCACAGCCGAUGACAUCAUCGACUCCCUGUUCAUCCUCUCCCUGCUUGGCUCCAUCUUCAGUCUGUCUGUGAUUGCCGCCGACCGCUACAUCACCAUCUUCCAUGCACUGCAGUACCACAGCAUCGUGACCAUGCGCCGCACCGCAGUGGUCCUUGCACUCAUCUGGACGUUCUGCACGGGGAGUGGCAUCGCCAUGGUGAUCUUCUCCCAUCGCGUGCCCACAGUGAUCACCUUCACGUCGCUGUUCCCGCUGAUGCUGGUCUUCAUCCUGUGCCUUUAUGUGCACAUGUUCCUGCUGGCUCGAUCCCACGCCAGGAAGAUCCCCACCCUUCCCAGAGCCAACAUGAAAGGGGCUAUCACACUGACCAUCCUGCUUGGGGUCUUCAUCUUCUGCUGGGCCCCCUUUGUCCUUCACAUCCUCUUAAUGACGUUCUGCCCAAAUAACCCCUACUGCGCCUGCUACAUGUCUCUCUUCCAGGUGAACGGCAUGUUGAUCAUGUGCAAUGCCGUCAUUGACCCCUUUAUAUAUGCCUUCCGGAGCCCAGAGCUCAGGGAUGCAUUCAAAAAGAUGAUCUUCUGUAGCCGGUACCGCUAGAGUGACUGAUCCCUCAUUUUAGAAUCUAUGGGAAUAAUGUUGCCAAGUGACAGAAUAAUGUAACAUUCCAACAAAUGCCAGUGCUCCUGACUGGCCUUCCUUCCCUAAUGGAUGCAAGUGUGAUCCCACCAGCUAGUGUUUCUAAUAGCUAGGUUCUGUGUGAACAGUCUUAUUGUAGGGACAACUUUUAAACUUUACAACUGGAGAGAUAAAACAAUGUAGUAAAAAAAGGAUAGAAUACAAAGUAUUAGGUUCAUUCAAAUAUAAUUAUGGUUUUUGCCAUUACUUUUAAUGACCAAAAGUUGUGAUUACUUUUGCACCAACCUAAUACAAACAGCAAUAAAAACUCAAGACCUUUGGCUAAGGCAAAGGAUUGUUUUCCUGUGGACUCUAGCAAGCCAGUCCUGGGGAGGCACAACUCCAGG